AAUUGUUUUUAGUUUCAAAUAAAAUAUCAAAAAAUACUUGGGUGUUUUGGAGUGAAUUAAAAAUAGGAUUAAAGGACUUCGGAAGAAAGGAAAAAAAAAAAAGAUUAAAGGAAGGUUCCAAGAAUUUUGGUGGAAGUAGCUAUUUCCUUUAAAUAAUGGGAGAUUGAGUAAACCGUCCAAUAAAUGAAGCAAAUUGCCAAGUUUUUACCUUCAAUGACUCAAGAAUUCAAGUCAAUGCUCUUUUGUAUCAAUUUCACUCGGAUAUUUUAUCACACUCAAGAAUUUAGAUCAAUGAUUUGUUGUAUCAAUCUCACUUGUCUCUGUGACGAGUGAGAUUGAUUCAGAGCAUGUACAUCGAAUAUCACAGAUGUUAUCACACUCUAGAUUCAAGUCAAUGCUCUGUUGUGUCAAUUUCACUCGUCUUUGGGACGAGUGAGAUUGACACGAGCUUAUACAUCAGAAGUUGUAGAUUCUAUCGCACUAUUUCCGUGAGAUCGACACAAGAGUGUGUAUACUCAGGAUUCAGGACUCAAUAAGUUACAACAUAGUGGAGAGUAUUAUGAAGACACCAACCACUCAAUGAAAAGCAAAAGCAUCGAAAAACCCAAACAGUGCCAAAGACUUGAAUUAAUAUUAAAUAAGAACAGCAAUAAUAUCUUUUCCAAUCAUUUCCUUCACACUUUCUCACCCUAACCCUCUUCACAUUUCUCUCUCUAAAAAAUAGUGUGGAAAUCAACCAUGCCGGAUCAAUCAGGCGGGUGCUGCAGGUGCUGCUUCAGCUUCAUAUUCACCCUCGGCCUCACAGCCCUCUUCGUGUGGCUGAGCCUGCGCACCUCCAACCCCAAGUGCACAAUCCGCUCGUUUUACCUUCCUGCCCUCAACCGGACCCUAAACGACACCAAAAACACCACCGUCUUCGUCACCCUCAGGCUCGGAAACACCAACAAGGACAAGGGCGUUUACUACGACGCCGUCAACCUCACCUUCCGGCUGCAGCCCAACGCCACCGGCAUACCGGUGGCAACUUAUGCGGUGCCCCGGUUCUACCAGGGGCACAAGAAGACGGCCACAAAGAAAGUGGUCGUGGGGCCCCAAGGACUCAACUGGACGGCGGUGUCCAGUGGGGUCUACCCCAAUGGGAGUGCGAUUUUUAGGGUGGAUUUGGCCACUGCUGUGAGGUUCAAGAUCAUGUUUUGGAGGACCAAGAGGCAUAAGCUGAAUGUUGGGGCUGAUGUGCUGGUCAAUGACUCUGGUGGAAAAGUCAACAGGAAGGAUAUCAAGCUCUCUGCUGCACCAGAUCAUCACCUGAUUGGAUUCUUUUCUGGACAGGUGGGGGUUUUGUCCAAUUUCUUGGUUUUGAUUUUCCUUAUUUUUUUGUGAUUUUUUCAUAUUUUCUUAUUUUAUAAUUCCAUAUGUUGAUUUGCAUUUAGUGCUAUUCUUUAACUUGGGAAGAAAUUGGUGCUAACUUUUUGUGCGUAAAAUAUUUUCUACUUAAAUUGGAAUUUCAAAUUUUUGGUGGCUAUUUAUAUGGAUUGCCUAAAUUAUUGGA